ACACUUCAAGUUUUUUGCGACAAGUGAACCGUCGCAACGAAGGUGUUCUGCGCAAUGCAGGACCACCUGCGCUUUGGGGCCCCUCCGAAGCUGCGGCCUCGUACCGCGGGGUCCUCGCGCAGCUCGUUGCCUCCACAUGCCUAUGACUUGGUUACAUCAACAUGUGCUUCAAGACCGGAACGCCUUGCUUCGACGGUCAACGCUUUGAAGGAAUCUUCCUCGCUGCUGGUGCAAUAACCGUUUCCAUGUUCUACACAAAAGAAUCAAAACCUUAGCUUAUACGCAUUUCCUUGCAGCUUCGACAGCGACUUCAGAGUCCUCGGCCCGGCUCGGCAGCUCCACAGCAUACUCCACGAGCACCUGGAGUUGCAUCGUCCAACAAUGAGAAGGGCGUGUUCAUGAAGCCCCCAAUGCGACCAAAGUCGGCCAAUGCAGUAAGCCGACAGGUGAGUCGUCAUCGGAUGCAGCUUGUACAAGAUUCUGCAGCAGUCUUAAGCAACAACCAGCAGGAAGACGAAUCAGAGUUGAUGAAGCAAAGGGAUCUGGAGUCUGUAUUAAUGUCCAAUAAAGAGGAUGCGCUGAGAUCAGGGGUCGCAACUGCAGUAAAAUCAUCGAAGCGGCCAUUUUCAGCGGUUUCUACGCCUUCAUUCAACCGUACAGGUGCGAAAAUCUCGGAAGAAUCGAAUCGGUAUGCGGAAAUGACGACCAAAUUUGCAUCGGCCAAAGCGUUGAGUGGAGUAAAAAGGCCUCACUCGGCCGCAGCUAGCACUCGUUACCAGCCCUUUCGAGCUCGUGAGAAAAGUACCUCAUCGCUUGCUAGCUGUCUGUCGGUGGUGUCACGUGCUACAAAUGCGACGCGAAGGAUGUCGGCUUCAAGAUCUCGUCCGGCAUCGUCACGAGCUGACAGGUUACUUGCUUCGACGCGAGGUCACAGCGACAACACUUUUGUGUAUGCAGUUCCUCGUCAUUUUCUGGAACAUGGGCUACCUUACGACCCUUAUGACAUCGUACCAGUCACCCAUGAGGCUCUGUUUGGGGACGGUAGUAUCAGCCAGAUGAAGGAUGCUCGCUGGGACUACUACACGAUCAGUCAAUCAGGCUACACGUUUCACCUGAAGACCGACGGCUUUCAGUCGACUUUCCUCUCAUUGCGCGAUUGGGAAGGUCAAAAGGCAAAUUUCACCGAACUUCGAAAUUUAUCGACAUUUUCAAGAUUCCGGUAUCGUAAAGUCUUCGUGGCAUGGAGGCAGUGGGUGCAGCACAACAAACGCGAAGCUGCACGAGAACACCUGCUUGCGGACUGCUAUUUCUCGUAUCCGGUGUUACUAAAUGGUAUGGAAGAGAUCCGGAUGGAGCUUAACAGCUUAUCAAAACUACAGCUUAUGUGGGACUUCAACGGCGACACGUCGUCACUAGAGAACUUCCCGACUGCAAACGUUCAAUUCCUGAAAACCUGCACGAAAAUUCUUCGCCAAAUCACAACGCGAGUUCAGUCCAUCUUGACCAAAAUUUGUCGAGUUUUUCUGGGCGACAAGGCCCCACUACACGCGGGUUUUCCAGGUCACGAGUUCGCUUUAUCCGUCCGAAAGAGCAGCAACUAUCACAUUUUAGAGAGUUACGUUCAGUGUGAGCAAGGACUGGCAUCUGCGCACCAGCAGUUCUUACAGCACAAGCACUUCCGAUCAUCUCGCUUUACAACCUCAGAAGCUGCAGAAGCGAGAAGUACUUUAUCUUCAUUACCAGAAGAUGCUCAAACAAUGCGAGUCCUGAAGCCUCCACGACAUUCAGAAGAACUGGAAGAUAUUCGGUGGACUAUGGCGUCGAUCAAGCGUCGAAAAUGCAAACAGCUCACAAAAUUUGUCACUCUUGUGGAUUUUUUACUAUUGGACGCGCACUCUCACGUGAUCAAGCGCAGCCUGGAUCUCUUCCAUGCCUUCAUACUACGUGGUGCUAAUGCAGCAACCAUUACGCGUCUCACGGACCAUGAUGACCUCGCAUUGGCGCUGCAUCAGACUGUAAACGUCGCUCGACAGAGUAUAAGUCCCUCUACAGAGGGAAGUAUAGAUCCAAGCCAACCACGACAGCUUGCUCCUCUUACGAGACAGCAAAUUAAAGCUAUUCUUCAUGCUGCGUGGAAAGGGAAGCUAGGCUCGAACGUUACGGAGGAGGCGGUCACAGUUUCGAUCGCCACAAUGGAGAACAAACUGGAAACGCUGUUUUUUUAUGGUUUAAGCAAGAAGAGCGGUUUAAACACCGAUACUUUCAGCGUCGAUGACUUUUACUUCGUCGCAGAAAAUGCGCUGAUUCAACUGCUGGUACUUCCAUCGUUCACCGCGUCAAAAACUUCGAUUUUUACGACGGAGAAUGACGCGAAUAACUGUGAAACUUCUACCGGAAAUAUGUCGUUAGUGGAGCGAGAAGUACUAUCAAUCCCGUGUCUUCAUCCUAAGCCGCUGUUCACACUGGAUGCGAGUACGAGUGCUAUUGUGGAGAAGCGAGGACGACAGAGAUAUCAGCUGUGUUUUAAACCUGAACUUACCGUUCUGGUGCGAGUACUACAAGAUAUCAUCACCGGGUUUACUGAGGCAUUCCGUGACGUGCCACCGCUGCUUUCGAACCCAGAACUUCGCUCCGUUCUCGCCUUCGCAAACGACAUUCGAGCGUUAAAUUUGUACUCAAGUUUCGGGUCUUCAGCUAGCUCUCGGUCUUUAAAUUCGACGCGACAUGAAAGAGACGAAGGAAAUAGUGUGAGUGACGAUGACGAUCGUUUCAGAUGUCCUGCUGAUCGUCUUCUGGAAAGGAUGGAGGAAGACAUACAGUUUUUGUCAAUUCGAGAUGAAAUUCAAGAACUUGUACGCAGUGCAUUGAAUGGCGCCGAGGAGCUCGCAGCGUCGUAUUCUACGAUAUUGGAGCUUCGACAACAGAACGAAAGUGUCAACUUUGAACUCAAGGCGCGACUAUUUCGUCGAAACGAGUACACGCUGGAAGAGAUGAAAGAUGAUGCUCAAAAUUUCACGAAUCAGCUCCGAGCGCUGGAGACACUCAGAAUGUCUACAAAUGUAGAAUUUCUUCACUUCAGCAUGCAACAACUUCAAGCAGAACUCCUCCCAUCCCCUUCUCGAUGUCUUGAUGCCAUGCGAGAUCUGCUGCCUCGAUUGACGCGUGAACGAUGUGAUCAAUUUCUUCAAUAUAUUACUGUCUCCAGCAGCAAGAUCGAGAAGCCGAUCACGCAGGAUCUAGACGCCUUCACCACGUAUCUCUUGAAUUUACGGGACGUAUACGAUGAAAUUCACGAUAGAGAGCUGGACCUUGCCUUUCUCCACGAGUUUUUCGGUGUUCUCGACACCCUCAAAUUUCCUGCUCCAGUUGAAACAAUCAAAGUUUUCGUACUGUGUGAUCCGGAGUUUCACGCUCUAAAGUCCCACGUGUUGGAAGCGUGUACGAAUCGUGACAACGACCUGCAGAGCUACACUGCUUUGCUCAAUGAAAAUUUGGCAAAGCUGACUCGUAGAACGAAUAUCUUACAAUCAUCAGCAAGUGAUGAAGCGAUGGCAGCUCAGAGCAAUACAUGCCAGGACGCACGCGACAAUGCUGUUAAACUGAAUAAAGAAGCCGAGCAAAUGCAGGAAGAAGCUCGUCGAUUAGUGCGGAUCCAGCGAGUGUUUGAGGAGUCUUCAACUGGUACCCGUCCACCCACCAAGAAUUACGAAGAUCUACACGAAUUAGCCGCCGAACUGAAGCUCAAAAGCGAACUUUGGGAAGUUGUUUGUGAGGCGGACGGACACUUAAGUACGUGCAGCGUGGAUACUAUUCGCUCUGUCGACUUAGAAAAAAUGAACGAAGUUGCUAGCCACAUCGACUUAGUGGUAGAUAAAAUCCGAGCGUGCGCUACUCAAGUGGCUAGUGGCUUUGAGCUUGAACGUCUGGAGAAACUACAAGCCACUCUACAUGGGCUUGCUCCAGUAAUUCGAGAUCUACGCAAUCCCCACUUGGUAGAGCGACAUUGGAGCAAGUUGGAGCACAAGAUGCUGUGCUCUCUCAUGCCUGUUAUCGUUGAAACCACGGAAUCUACGGAAGACGAGGAAGCUGAUACCAGUACAAGUACCAGUACUCGUCUGGAUCUGCAGAUGCAGCAAUUACUGGACGCCAACGUUGUCGCCCAUGCUACAGCUAUUCGUCAUAUAUCAGAGGAGGCGUCAGCUGAAGCAGCGAUCGCUGGGAGCUUCAUGAGUCUCGUACGCACUUGGGAAGCUCAAGAGAUUCCACUUGAACCCAGGAAAGAUCGAGAUGGACGAGAUGCGUACUGUAUCGGGGACUGUAACGAGCUCACGUCGCUUAUUGAGGAGAGUCAAGUGCUUCUUCGAGUCAUGGAUUUGUCCACGUAUUCUCUAGUGAUACAAGAACGACUACCGAAGAUGAUUUCGGAUCUGAAUCAUACUAAAGAAUCACUGGAAUUAUUGCUAGUUUGUCAACGCAAAUGGGACUAUACACAGCGAUUGGUGUCCAUCGACUUUGCACGGACUUUUCCAGAACAAGCCAAGCAGCUACAGAAGCAUGAUACUUCGUGGCGUACGUUGACGCUUGGACUCUUUAAUCGUCCACAGUGUUUACCGUUUGGAGUGAGUACGGAGCAUCGUCAGUCGCUGUUAGUGAUAUUGGAAGGGUUCGAAGCUGCAGCGAAGAUACUGGCAGAACAUCUUGAGAUUAAGCGUCAAGUGUUUCCUGUUUUCUUUCAGCUUUCAGAUCUUGAAUUGGCGACGCUAUUGUCAAAAUGUCGAGAUGUGAGCUGCAUCCAGUCGUUUCUGUACCAAUGCUUUGACAAUGUUGGUAGGAUUGUAUUUGGCACUCGAGACGGGUUUCAAGAUAUCCUUCAGAUAACAUCACGGGUUUACGGAGAAGCGGAGGCAAUUCCGAUGGGUAAGAACCUGAAAGCUCGAGGUCCAGUCGAACAAUGGCUCGCUGCAGUGGAAAAGCGACUAGCGGAACAAUUGCGUCGAUCUACAAAACAUGUCAUCGAAAUAAUAUCCCGGUAUACAGACGAUAGUGAAGCUUCAAACCUCGAUACCAGCCACUUCUCGAUUCAGAGCAUACUACUAGCCGAUCGGAUCGUUCGCUGUACGAUCAUUGAAAAUGGAGCUAAAGAUAUCAUGAACUCGUCCGAUGAACGGAUCAUCAACGAGCUCAGCGUAUAUAGUGCACGCGUGAGCCAAAAUUUACCUUCCCGUGAUGAGGAUCUGUCUCCACGGGAAAUUACAUUACGCACCUGUCUGCGUCUUCAAGAACUACAGUAUAGAGACUCAUUUUCCAGUCACAUGGCAGCAAAGGAAUCUAAUUCCUUAUCCUUAACGUCUGGUGGAUUGGCAGUGGACUGGGAGUACCAGCUUAAGUACCGAAUGGAUGAUGCAACGACUGUCGGUCAUGAAUGCCACAUUGAAAUGAACACGCUGAAAAUUCCGUAUGGAUUCAACUACUUGAGUCCAUAUAACGACGUUGUAGUGACACCGAGCAGUCUACGAUCCCUUUUCUCGAUAUUCGCUUGUAUCCGACAUGCUCAAGGUUGUGCUCUAACUGGACCUUCGGAGAGCGGUAAACGGGCUCUAAGCGUCCAAGUGAGCUCGAUAUUAGGUCGACGUUACUUCAGUGCGACGUUAACGUCGUAUACUCACGCUACUCGACUGUUAAUUGGAGCACUUUAUGCUGGAGGAACAUUUUGCGCGAAUCUGCAGCUUAAAAGGAGUAUACAGGAUAACGCAUUACUUAUCAAGACAUUGGCAACUACUCUCGCUUCAAUUGAGCACGCGGUGCUGACCAAGAAUCAAAUCAUAGCGGUUCACCGCUCUCCUAUCAAUUUUAUUCCUGGAACCGCGAUGUUUGUGAUAUUUCCUUCUAACUUGGUAAUGAAAGACGCAGAGGAGAUUCGUAUCUGGACGGAAAAUUUGAGUCAAUUUGCGAUUGUUCAAUGGGAUCGGGACUAUAUCGUCGAAGCACUGUUGAUGAGUAGAGGUUAUACAGGUCCAAGACAUCUUGCUAAGCAGCUUUUGGUACUGUGGCAACACGCUCGCUCGACUCUCGAUCUCAGUAUCCGGAAUCCACCUGGUUAUGAAACCCCAUUCAGUUUUACAGCAUUAAAAACUGUUAUUAACGAUGGUGGUUCCAAGUUAAAAUUGAAGCAGGCGGAUCAAGAAGGAUCGAUACGUGCAGCUGUGUUGGGAUAUUUCAGCGUCCGUAUGGACGAUAUACAGCUUAAGGCACUCGAAAAUAUCGUGAAAAAUAGUUUACCGUUGAGUAACGAGACUAUUUUGCAACCAAGAUCUGGUAUAAGGCCUGAAUUACAGGAGGCGAUUAGCGGUGCCGUUCGAGAGCUGCAUUUUAUACCUCGGCAGGCGACACUCGACUCAGUUUCAGCCCUUGCAACUGCUUUAACAUUUAGCGUGAGUACAGUUUUAGUGGGGCCAUCGGGAGUGGGGAAGACAACGACUUACCAGGUGCUUGCAAAGGCUUUUGAACUCUCUCUCCAACGUCAAGACGAAGGAGCUCCAGCACCCUCUAACGACGAUACUCUAACUGUAACCAACACUCUAACAGCUCCAGUGAAACACUUUAAAUCGCCGAGUGUCUCUAUUCACGUGGUCCUACCAAUGGCGUUGACUGUCUCUCAACUGUACGGAGGCGUGUCUCUCGAUGACCACGGUCGCAUGCCAAGCAUUCUUGGCCAAUUAAUUCGUGAAGCACAAGAGCGUUACACUGGACACCGAGACAGUACACCAGAAUCUCUAUUAGACUUCGACCAUCAAGUCUGGGUAAUUUUUGACGAUGCGUUGGAUCUGCGAUGGCUUGAAGUGCUUCUAGCUGUGUUGGUAAAGUCCAGAGCCAGCUUGUCUCCCUUGUUGGCGUUUGAAGACGGUGAAUUCAUGACGCUACCACCAAAUUUACGCUUCAUCUUUGAAAUUUUACAGCUACGCGACGCCACCCCAAGUUUUCUUCACGUGACCUCUAUCCUGCAUUUGACUGGAUACAGUUUAACGGACGCACAAGAAUCAGAACCAUUUAGUCUUGUGGGCGAUCAAUCGAAGAUGGAUAUAUCAAUAGCAUAUUUGUAUAGAUAUCUGGUGCUCGAACGUGAGAGAAUUGCACAGAGUGACGCUUCUAAGUCGCAGACGUGGUCGAGUACUGACACCUUUAACGUGAUUGAGAAGUGGCUUAUGCACUCGUCGUUAUUGGGAGAAUUAGCCGCUGUUAUUGAUGGCGGAGCUGCUGAAAUGGUUAAUCUGCCACCACUACAACGGGUAACCAACCUGGUCUCUCUGUUACAGUCGCUUGUUAGCACUGCAUCGGCAUUAUCCGACCCCAAGUUGAGUUCUUAUCCAGAGUUUUCUGAUACCAUAUCGACUGGACAAAUUCGAGUGGAGAUGGCGUUAAUUUACAGCUUAAUGUGGGGCUUUGCAGCUUGUACUGACACUGUCAUCAAACGACAAGUCAGUGAUCUUCUUAUCCGACAGUUUGAGCAUCUUAAACCGGCGUGGAUAAGCUGUGGUACACAUAUUAACCUGUACGAGACAGUAUUAGACCUACAAGGUCUACGUUUCGUAUCUGUCGUAAACUCUACGGGCCCAGUAGCGCUUCCACCGCCAGCUACCACCUGCAAUAACAUCAGUUCUCUCUUCAUACCAACGUCCUCCAGCCUCGUGAUCCACGCAGCAUUAAGAGAAGCGCUACGUUCAGGACGAGGCGUGUUACUUAUCGGUGCCGACAGUGCACGACGAACAACUCUCGCUCGUAACUUUCUCAGUCAAUUUGAAGUCAUCCGGUCCAUCAUUUCAGCCGGUGGAGUCUCCAACAUGCUACAAGCUGAUAAAGACAAUGAUAAAACUCGUAAACCUGCUCUUUCCAAGUCAAUUGAAGCUGCGACGCUGGCUUCAGUUAAGCGUCUUCGUUUACGCCAAAUUUCACUAGUUACGGUGAUGGCUAUGCGGCUGCAAAAGGAAAAGAAUGAGAGUGACGAGAGUACAGCAAAUGAUCGGUCUAUUGUCGAGGAGGAGGAAGGAAUUCCGUUAACUAUAACGCCGUCUCUUGAUCCCGUAAAGACAGCAAUGGUACGCCAAUUCGACCGUGGAGACGUCAUCCCCUUUUUUUUUGCUAUGCCACACGGUAACGCCGAUACUGUAACUGAACUCUCUAACUGCUUAGAGCGUAUGCUGCAACGUGAACGUUCCGGUGUAUUCGAGCCCCCAUCGGGUAAAGCAGCUUUACUUAUCCUGGAUGAUUUGCACCUCGCUACACCGACGGAGGAAUGCACGUUAAAACAGGCUAACCCAUCGGUUUAUGCGUAUCUUCGGUCGAUACAAGAGCAACGAAAAGUGUAUCGAGGAUCGAAUUGCUUACCAAUAUCUGUCGAAAACCUCAUGUUGUUGGCGUCAAUAAACUGCGAAAAAUUCCAGAAUUUCACGAUACAAGGAGAAGAUUCAGCGCAAAAAAUAACGACGCAGUUCUUUCCGGUGUUAGCUCCGUCCUGUGAGCUGGAAGAAUUGCACAAUAUCUUCAAUCAGGCCUUACAGACGCACUGGAGCCUGUCCACAACCUCUGUAACAUUAUCUCCUGCGGUCCGAUAUCCUAUUCCAACGAUCGUAGCAGCGACCACAGUGCUGUGGGAUCGACUUCGGCGUGCGUACAAAUUUUGUCUGCACGACCUAGCACGAGUGUAUGAAGGUCUCGCUGUGGUUGUACCCUCUGUAAUUUCAGACGUAGAAACAUUAAUCAGAUUGUGGACGCACGAGAGCUGUCGAACGCUAAGAGAACCGUCCAUGGGUCUCUGUUCGUCUCAACAAGACUCUGAAAUUGCUACAGAAAUUGUACGGAUGCGCUCCAUCGUGUCCCAGGUGACUCAGCGUCGUGCUAGCGUGCGUGCAAGUCUUGCAAUUGGUCCUGGAUCUGGACUGGGCUUUGCUAAACGACAAUCGAUCCAAGUGAGUCCAGAAAAUGAAGAAAACGCGAGCCCUGCGACUCUUUUGGCGUUAUUUACCGCUCGAAUUUCAGCUCCGAGUGGUAAAAGGCUCUCUCGACCCAGUCUGCAGUUCAAUUCUCUGCAGGAACAGCAACAUCGCGCAGUAAUAAUGGGAGGAUUAUGGGCAUUUGUGCCUGCCAGUAUAUAUUACGGAGGAGCUCCCGCUUCGUUGGAUCAACUUGGUGAAAAUAAUGUUACUAAUUCAGGUGAAAAGCGUCUAUCAACGCGAGCUUUACGACGUAGUAGUGCGAGUUUCAUGCGCCGAAAAAGUCUAGAAACGGUUGUAGAUGGCAGUUCCAGCCAUGUUGGUCGAUCCGGAAAUUGGAUAUACGCCGAGAUCAGUUUUGAAGACGACAAUGAAGCGGUCUCCACAGCAGCAAUGCAGGCCUAUUUCCGAGAUCUCCGUACGUUCAGCUCAACGAUACGUUCGUUGGAUGCAAAGAAGACAACUGCAUUGCCUCGAGAUGUCCCUUAUGUCCCUUUCAAAUUGGCUCUAUCGGUUGUGAGGAUUGAUCGGGUGUUGGCACGUCCAGCAGCGCGACUUGUGUUACUCGACAAUAAUUGCAGUGGAGCUGAUACUUUACUGCGUUAUGCUACGACUUCAAGAACCCCUGAAGGUCACGAAGACAGUGCAAUUCUCACGUUAUCUGGACUUCAAGACGACCCAAAUAUCACGACAAAUGUCAAUUUUUGCUUGAUGACGAGAUGGAAGCGACUUCUUCUCGAUCUCUACGAGCGUGUGGGCGUCUGUGGACACGAAGCCACACUCGUAAUCAAGCGUCUCGACCUUCUUCCAACUACGAUCGUAAACCAGAUUCAAGUUCUCAUGACGACAGGAGAAGUCCCCGGUAUUUUAUCGUUAGAAGAGCAGGUAAACCUCGCGACUAGAGUAUGUGACGAACGUCUUCUAGCACUCAAAACUCAACACGCAGCUAAAGUCGCACAGAUUCGGGCUGAAGCUGAAGCCACGAGAGAUCAAGCACUAGCCGUUCUACACCAGAAACAGCGAGAAGCACCUUCAACCCCCAUGCUCGAAGCUUUCCAGCAAGUGGAAACACGGUAUCAACGUGAAUUGCGCUCUAAACUGGCUCGAGUUGAUCUGCGAUAUCAACAAGAUAGCGACGAUUUGCGACGUCAACGUGAAGUGGAGAGCGAGAGUGUAGCAGCCACCGUCAUGGCACUAACUAGACCUUUAGGUGUGACCAGUGGGAAGUGGGCGAGCGCUGUGGCUCGUAUGUGCUCGAAGCUUCGCGUGGUUCUUCUCGUUGACCAAGAGCAUGAAAAAUUUGUACGCGCUGCCUGUCCGAGCAUUUUUUCGACGUGUGACAUCGUGUCGGUGCCUCAGCUUGAUCGGGACUCUCUACGUACAAUAGUGUACGCACAUUUUCACGCUCAAAUUUUAGAUCAAAUCUCGAAAAACGACGGAAUUUUGGCUGAUACUCUGCAUCAAGUACAUCGCAGUCUCUGGAGCGUGGCGUGUAUGGCAACGGACAUGCAUCUCGCUGUGGCUAAUAUGUUCAAGUGUGAAUUUCCUCCGACAAGUCGAAUAUUUGGGAUGGCGGAAUUUUUCAGUAAGUUAUUUAUCGAAAACUUCAAACGUGAAGAAGCAUUUCGAGCGAAGACAGCGUGGUUUCUCGACUUGUCUAACCGAUUAGAUCGUGACUUGGGAGCAUUACGUUCAAGUGAUAAAUUACUUACGGAACAGCUCUCAACAAUCGAUCAGCAGCUUAUAAAUGACGAAGUAAAAUUGACCGAGCAGAAGCAAGACGCCGAACGUAUCCGCCUCAUAAUGGAGCGCUUCCGAACCGCAGCAGAUGAGCAGAUUCUCGUCACCACCGAGGCACAGGAACAAGCCCAAAAAGAGCUUCGAGAGCCCAUGGUUUGUCUCGAAGAAGCCAACCGAGCCUUAUUGUUAGUAGAUCGACGUCAUAUCGUCGAGAUCAAGUCGUUUGUGAGUCCUCCGCCACUUGUUCAGCUCGUUCUUGGUGCUGUUUGUGUGCUUUUCCAGCUCGAAUCCUCUUGGGAGAGCGCUCGCCGACUCUUGCUUGGUGACGCGAAUUUUGUGCAAAAUUUACUGCAAUUUAACAAAGACGCAGUAUCUGCUGCAACGUUGUCCAAGUUAGAGACUGAGUAUCUGAAUGACGAACGCUUUAGACGUGACGAGGUGGAGCGACAGAGUGUAGCUGCUGCCUCGAUGGUUGUGUGGGUACGCGCUAUACAUCAGUACGCCACUUCGAGACAAAAAGUGCAGCCUACGCUGGACACGUUAGAGAAGGCUCAAGGUCGCUUACAGCUCAUUAUGAAAGAGUUUCAGGUCAGUAAAGACCGCGUAGUGCAAGCAGAUGCGGCCUGGCAGGCCACUCAAGCUGGGAUCGACACUGCCAACACUAAGAAAGAAGCUUUAAAGAGCGAAAUUACGUCGCUCAGUGCUCGAUGUGAUAGUGGAGACCGAGCGAUGGAGGCUCUUAAAGAAGACCGCAAGCUCCAGAAUGAAGCAGCGAGUGCUAUCUCGAUGCGUCGAGGAUUCUCGUUAACUACGUGGAACACUUUACUAUCGGCCGGAGCAUUAGCGUACGCUUGUGAACUUAGUGUAUCUUCACAACGUGAUCGGGUUUUUCAAGCUUGGGAACAAGCUUAUUGUGUCUACGGAGGGUUAACACCUGGCUGUUCACCGACAUCAACGUGUUGUACGUUCAUACCGUCGAUAAUUGUCGUUCUUAAAGAGACUGAACCACAGAGUGGAGAGUUAGAGACGCCUUUAACGUCGUUAUUUUCGGGUGAGUAUACUCCCGAUGGGAGCGAGAUGGAGGAGACUACAAAGCUGGUUACUAGUGUCGGGGAUUUGGGUUUCUCAAGACGCAGACUUUGGGACGCUUGGUUGCUGUCAUUGGUGGUUUUUACGUCGUCUGUGCCUGUUGCUAUGAUCACUAGAUUCUCGUAUGAAAUGGAGGAACUACUGGUCACCUGUGCACGACGUGUGUGGCACUGGAACCAACUUUACAUGGUAUACGCUCGAGCUGCAGAUUUUGAUGAUGUUUUCAAGGUAGCAGCACGUUCAGGUCACCAACUUUUAGUGCUGGAUGUCGAGCCAAUUGAUUGCGAAUCCCGAGAGGAGAAUAAUUAUUUACAAGCAGCUUUAAACUGGAACGUCAAGUGUAUCGAUGGUACAGCCCACCUGGUACUAAAUAAAAAGUUACCCGAAGACGAAGCCUCCAAUACGGAUACGAUAGCGUUGCAUCCGAAUUUCCGGUUGAUUCUUACGUCACAUGCCUCUCGUGCUGCGUUUGGUGAACUUCUCGAUAUAUUACCAACAUUGGAUGGUAAUUUACAUUCCAGUGAUGUACAUGACAUAAUGUUGGAUAAAAUUUCUUUAGAGACUGAAAAAUUCACUUUAAAAACAGCAUUAAAGGAGCACGCGCAGCUCGCUCAGCAGUACGAAGCAGCUCAGAAUCAACUUACGAAGCUGUUAGAAGCUGCUGCAGUGACAAGUCAAUUUCCUCUCUCGCAAACUAAGGCACUUCGUGAACGGGUUACUGCGAUCCACGAAGCGCGGCAGAUACUGAGAGAUAAACGUCGUGAGAUCCAGGAGCAACUUCGACUCGUUAAACUUCAGUGCACACCGAUGGCUCGUACCGGAGUUGCGGUAUUUAACGCCUUCAACGCCACAAUUAGUGGAAAUACGUCGCCACCAUUGACACUUCAAGUGAUUCUACCAAUCCUGCUCGACUCUGUUUCGACGAUAUUAUCGAAAACUAAUGCAACUACUGGUGUACCGAUCACUCCGGACGUCAAAAAAUCGUCAGCAAGCCGACGAUUUGGGAUACUGGCACGUACUGCUGCUACUUUUGCAAUGUCAUCACGUGGACAAUCAAACUCUACUGGUGUUUUGUCUGAAGUUUUAACCAGUCUUUUGGGUCGAAUUGCCCCAUUGAUUCCAAACAGAGAUUGGUAUUGUUUUAUUUUGCAAUUGAUCAGGAAUUUGGAGGAGACUCCGUCACCUAAAGAGGCUUCUGUACCAAAAGAAAGACGGAACCGUUUUGAAAAUGAAGUGACUAUUUCUCGAUCUGUUGACACAAUUCUACUACAAGCGAAGCUGAAACGGGGAUUAAACGAUACAACAUCGUGUUUAAUCACUGCUGAAACGUGUAAAACCGUCGCUUUAUCCAGUUCUCGAGCAGAUUUUCAACGACGAAUUGUGAGUACGAUACUCAAUGGCAGCAAAGGGGAGCACAUACUUCCUGAUGCUCAAGAUGUUAACUCUAUUGUGCACUUAGCGAUACCAGAGGACGCCUCGAAAUCUGAAAGACUUCGAGGGGUUCUUGUUUUAUUCCCUUACUUGGUACAACAAGUGUGCGAUCGGAUGUUGGCCAGUUAUGGCGUAUCAUUGAAUGUACAACAACGAGGUUCUGUUGAGACGGAGAAAGGAUUUUGGCUACGUACACUACGGAAACUACCCGAGAAGACUGCUGCAGUUGUACGCACACGUCACGAGUUCAACGGUUUCAGCUUUGCACGUCGAGUUUUCUUCCAAGGGUUAAAUGGAUCUACAUCCUUGCAACUUCGUGUACUUCAGAUACUCGUGGAGAGGAAAUUCCGGACUGGGAAGCAGGAUAAAUCAGCGAACUUGACCCCUCUAAGUGAACUGUAUACAUUCCCACGAAGCGUUGAUACUGAAGAUGAGGAGCACGUAAAACAGCUUCUCCUCGUGUUGAACGAUUUCAAACAGAUUUUAGAAAUGGAGAAAACAGAGUUAGAAGCGUUGGAGGAGGCACCGCUGGCUAUUAUCAAUAUGAAAGACAAAUCUGGAACUGCACAGAAUUGGGAAGAGCUUUUCCAGAUUCUAAAUCGGGCAAGCGCUAGAACGUCCUCCACAACAUUCCAGCGGUAUAACAGCGUAGACACCGUUCCCAAAGAAACCGUCAAACGACCAAGUGUAGUAAAGGAGCACUCUAUGGCUGGUCAUCGAGUUUCGACUUGCCAAUCGAUGAUGACGCGAAUUUCAGCCAAAGACUUGGUGACGCCAACGUAUCCUCGGCUUGUAGCAGCAGUGGAUGAGUGGACUUCUCUACCGAUUCACCUUCGCUCAAGUAUCGUUUGUUUCCGAGACGAAUACGAGGAAGAAUCAUGUGCUUCAGUAUCUCUCUCCAAGUGUCUGCAGUCUACAAUUCUUCGUCUGAGUAUGUAUCCAAGUGUCCAAACAUUAUACUCACUCGUUCAAGCUGAAGACAAUACUGUCAGGAUACCGGUGACUCCGAUCUGGCAGGUAUUGGCUGGCCUCUUGUUGUUCCACGCUACGCUGGUAUUCCGUGCAAACGUGCUGAGAAGCGCUUAUCCUGAUUUUAAAGCUGUCUUUCAUUAUUAUGAUGAUGAUUUCUUAACUGCGGUAAACCAGUAUCUGGCUACAGUUUUAGAGAAAAAGCAGCAUUAUUCACCACAAAGACGUCGUACUGGGAAAACUACGGAUUAUAGCGCAGUAUUGGAGCGACGAAUAUACCAGCAAGUGGUGUUGAGUUCAUACACUCGUAUAAUGAAUGGGCAUCAAGAGGCGGAGCUUCUCAAGAGGUUAUUUGCUGAGUGUCUGCAACUUGUGAGCUGGAAUCCGUCUUCAGAGAGGGAAAGAAUGGGUUCUCUAUCGAGUAUUCGAGGUCGCAGUCGUCAGAUGAGUGUGCGUGAGCAGAUACGUUCCCCUGAGUUAACCCCGUCAACACACAGUCCGUCAAUGCCUCUGAUCAAAGGUGUAAGUACUUUGUCAGUGGUUAACUCAUCCCUGCGUUUGGGAUUCCUAGUUUUUCCAAGUGAAGCCUUGCAAACUCCAGACUUGUCAAUGAAUCAGUGGCUGGAGUUGGUGUGGAGUUAUUCUGCUAGUAUUGACAAGAAUAAAGACUCGAAACUCCAAGCUUUGUUGCUUGGAUACCAACAGUCAAGUACUCGACGUGGAUCAUUAGAAGACACGACGAGGGAUCUGUUUGCUACUCCUCAAGACGCUGAAUUGGCGAAACUACUGGAGCCGAAAUGGAUGAAAGCAUUUGGAUGGAUCAACGAGAACAGAAUUGCAGUUUUAAGUGAUGCUGAAAUGAUUUCAACGAUGUUAUUGCGUGAUGCUAUUGAAAUUAUCCGAGCGAUUAUUGAUGAAGCGGUCCCACCUCGUUUGGACUCGGAUCAAGAGGCUGGCGAUUUGAUAGAAGAUCGAACGGCUAUGGCUAUCUGCAGUGUGUAUAACCAACACGUCGAGGGUUGUUUGGUUACAUUGGAGACGAUACUUUCGAGUCUGCAGGCUGCAGUUCCAGUUGAUACCCCAGAACAAGAUGAUUCUUUGGUUGAGCAUUCAGAGGAUGAAGAUGACGAUGACGACGUAGAGCAAGAGGAGGGAAACCUCCUCCAUCUAGCACAUAUCAAAGACACGCACGUGCGCCAGCAGAUCGUGGCUAUACUACGCAGCGAAAUUCCACCAGAUUUAUUCAGUCACGGUACACUACCACCGCCAAUCUCUUCUACUUGGUCUCUUCACGACGUGCUUCAACAUUACCGAGAUUGGCACAACUUCCUUAUCAGCUCAAACCUCAACGUCACUCCGUCUCGAUGGUGGCUACCCGGGAUUCUCGCUGCGCGUCUCCCUCUUACUUACAUCCUUGACAUCGCCCAGCCCAGUGACAAGUCGAUGCUAUUCACGCUGCGUCUCCUAUCCGAUGAAUCUGAGCGUGAACCACCGGAAACUCCUACUGCUCCCAUCCCAGCGAAUGCUAUCGCAAUCAUCGAUGGCAUUGUAUUGCUUGGAGCCAAAUGGAAUGAAACUCUCCAGAGUCUCGAACAAGGCAACGACCUGCAGCAGCAGCAACGGGUCCAACUCGUCUGCUUCUUAUCAACAAACACCAGCAGCAUUAUUCAGCGGGUUCCUCUGUUUGCCUCGCAUGAUGGUACUCUACUGCUCGAAUGUGCAUUGCCCGUGGACCAGAAUGGACUAAAUCCUUUAGCCACGCCGUUUAUGGUGCCUUUAGGUCCUCACUACCGCUGAUACAACAUUUAUAAGAUCUAAUAGAACGAUAGAACUUUUUCUAAGCUUCGUCAAAUUUAGUUUUCAGCCUC